AUGUCCCCCGCUGUAAUGACCUCUUCUUUGGAGUCGGAAUUCGCUUCGAUCAUCGAGGCUUUGCGCACUGCACCAUCUGGCCCAGACGCCAAAGCAGCAGCUGACAAGCUCGCUCUUGCUGUUUCUAAAGCAGGUAUAGAGAGCUUGGUUGACCAAAAUGUAAUCACUAUCCUUGAAAAUUUCGCACUCAACAAGAAGUCUGGAUGGGAACGAGAAUCUGGUGCUAUUGCAUUCCAGUCAUUCCCCGCUGUUCUCGGUCCCCCCAGUGCACCCCUACUUCUCCCAAGCCUUCAUGUUCUCUUCGAUUUAUUGUCUGACAAGGGAGAAGUUGUUCGGACAGCUGCAACAGCUGCAACGAAGGCUAUCCUCCAGCUUCUCCCCCCAGAAGCUACACGAACCGUAUUCGGCAUUUUAGAAGAUAUCCUAGAGAAAGGAAAAUGGCAAACAAAAGUCGCAGCCCUAGAUGCUCUCAAGAGUUUCGUGGCUCGCGCUAAGGACUCAGUGGCUGAUGAACUUGGUCAUAUCCUACCCAAGGUCGAAGUAGCAAUGCACGACACAAAAAAGGAGGUCGCUUCUGCUGCCGUCAAGUGCGCCACUUCUUUGUGCACGACGCUUGCAAACCCCGAUCUCGCUCCUCACAUCUCCGCUCUGGUUAAGUGUAUGUCUAAUCCCGAUGCAGUACCUGGUUGCAUAAAGGCGCUAUCAUCAACAACUUUCGUCGCGGAAGUUACAGCACCAGCGUUGGCGGUUCUCGUACCAUUGCUCCUCCGUGCUCUUAAUGAUCGCAGCAUGGAAGUGCAGCGGCGUACGGUUGUUGUCAUCGAUAACUUAGUCAAACUGGUCAGGAACCCCGUAGUUGCCGCGAGAUACCUUAGCCCUCUCGUAAUGGGUGUGCAGAAGAUUGCUGAGGGUGCUGCGUUUCCGGAGGUCCGUGCCUUCGGUGAGACGGCACUUAACACAUUACUCAAGGCGGGUGCAUCUACCUCGGGGACGCCGCCGACGCGGGAUGUCAGCAAGGAGGUAGCUGACGUUGUUGCCGUCUUGCUGUCGCUGCUUCCGUCAGACCUCGUUAUCCCUUCCGCGACUAGCCCAAAUGCUCCGUUAUCUGCGAGUCACCCUCUUUUGGAUCAAUCUUUGCAAUUCCAGGGGUCCAUGGUUGCUGACCUUAUCUAUAAUCGCCGUUUUCAAGAUCCGGAAGUAUGGAAACGUUGUGUCGGUGUGUAUAUGACAUUCUGGUUGGGGUCAGAGGGAUCUACUAGCUUUGCGGAGUCUGCACGGGCCCAUUUCAGUGCGAUUGAUCAAGCACUACACAAAUCUGUGCACGACAAUGAGGGUAGCGAGGGCGAGCUUCUGUGUGACUCAUUGUUUUCUCUCGCUUAUGGUGCACUUUUACUGCUCUCGCACACAACACUCCGUCUGUUCCGCGGGCGCCGUUACGGCAUCCUCGGAACGAAUGGAUCAGGGAAGUCGACCCUAAUGCGCCAGCUUCGGGACGGCAAAGUGGAAAAUUUUCCGCCUCAAGAUCAAUUACGUUGUGUCAUGGUAGAGCACUCCUUGCAGGGCGAGGACACGUCUAUGUCUGUGUUAGACUUUGUGGCGUCAGACAAGGCUCUGGCACAAAUUCCCCGUUCUAAAAUUCGAAAUCAAUUGCUUGAGGUGGGAUUCGAUGACGCUCGGCAGUCAGAUGUAGUAGGCGGGUUAUCUGGUGGUUGGAAGAUGAAACUGGAAUUGGCCCGUGCAAUGCUUUACAAUGCCGACCUUCUUCUUUUAGAUGAGCCCACCAAUCAUUUGGACCGGGCAUCCGUUCAAUGGCUUGAGAGUUAUCUCAUUGCUCACAAAAACGUCACUUGCCUAAUCAUCAGUCACGAUUCUGGCUUUUUAGAUAAUGUGACUACUGAUAUCAUACAUUACGAGUCCAAGAAGCUCGUCUAUUAUCCGGGAAAUCUUUCAUCGUUUGUGGAAAAACACCCGGAAGCUAAAUCAUACUAUACCCUUGCGGCGACAUCCGUUAAAUUCUCAUUUCCUCCGCCUGGCUCCUUGAUGGGUGUUCGCAGUAACACUCGUGCCAUAUUGAAGAUGUCAAAUUGUACUUUCACGUACCCCGGUCGGCCACAACCUUCGCUAAUAAACGUGUCUUGUGCCUUAUCACUCUCCAGCCGAGUUGGUGUAAUCGGCCCUAAUGGCGCAGGCAAAUCGACUUUGAUCAAACUUCUGACGGCAAGAGGCGAAACCAUUCCUCAAGAGGGAACUGUCUAUAAGCAUCCAGCCCUUCGUGUUGGUUACGUCUCACAACACGCCACCCACCAUAUAGAACGCCACUUGGAAAAGACGCCAAUUGGCUAUAUUCAGUGGCGUUUCCAGGAUGGUCACGAUCGUGAAUUACUGGAAAAGGCCACUCGUGUUCUGACAGACGAAGAGAAGGUACUCCUCGAUCAAGAUUGGGUUGGCAGGAAUGGCACCAAGCGCAAAUUGGAGCUUAUUAUGGGACGCCAAAAACUGAAAAAGACAUUCCAAUAUGAAGUCAAAUGGCGUGGUCUUGACCACAAAUUCAACACCUGGGUGCCUCGUGAUGAAUUGAUGGCCAAAGGUUUCGUAAAGUUGGUCCAGCAAUUUGAUGAUCUGGAAUCCUCGAGAGAAGGUGCAGGGACUCGUGACACAUCUGCCCAACUCGUGCGCAAACACCUCGAAGACAUCGGUCUCGAUGGGGACAUCGCGCAGUAUAAUGAAAUUUCGGGAUUGUCAGGAGGGCAAAAAAUCAAGUUGGUCAUUGCAGCCUGCCUGUGGAAUAAUCCCCAGGUUUGUAUUCUUGACGAGCCGAGUAAUUUCCUAGACCGUGAAGCGCUGGGCGGCCUUGCGGUGGCCAUUAGGGAAUGGGGUGGCGCUGUGGUCAUCAUCUCCCAUAAUCACGAGUUUGUAUCGGCUUUGUGUCCUGAAAUCUGGCAGAUUGAAGCAGGGCGGAUGACACAUCAAGGAAAGGCUGCUGUUGUCGAAGAUGCCUUUGCCGACUUGAAGUCCCCCAAGGGCAGCGGUGCUAAUACCCCAACUCGCUCGCGAGUUCAGAGCCCGGCUGUUUCGGCUCAUGUAACUCCAGCAGGAAGUGGAGCCGAAGACGCUGGCGCUUCAAAGGUUGUCAAAAAGAAGAAGAAAUUGACACGCAACCAAGUGAAGGCUCAGGAGGAACGUCGGAGGUUGAGAAAGCUCGCGUGGCUCACUCAUGGUGGUCCACGGCCUGAGGACACCGACAGCGAUGUCGACCCUUGAGAGAUCAAAGAGGUCAUGUGAAAUUUGUGCUAUUUAUCAGGGGCCAUUUCAUUCUGAUCCGCGGAUGCUUUUCGACAAGAUCUCUUAUAGAUUACCUUCCUCUCAUGUUAUGAAGUAAUAGAUUUUCCGUUUUGCCGCGAAUUCGUUCAGCAGAUUUUUUCAGAAGUCUCAUUGCCACGUAGUUGUAGGCGAUAAAAAGCCGAUUCUUUUGCAACGGGGCACUAGAUAGCCGUGCCCACGCAGGUCCACGCUAGUGAUAACGUGUCGAGCGCUGGCUGUCUGUGAUCGUUGUCAAACCUGCAAGGCCAAUCCGAUCAUCGG